AUGGAUCGAACUCUGGAAUUCGCCGGUUCCAUAAUCAUGAAAUGGAACCCAGAAACUUCAACAUUUGCAAACGUCACUUCUCUCUUCUACGAGAACCGUGGUGAGGGCAAUGAUUUCAUCAAGAACGGCAACGGUUUGCAAAGGGCCAUGCACUUUUUAGCCUCUAAGAACUCCGGUUCGGAGAAGCUCGUUCGUGCCCAGAACCUGAUGCAAAUCGCCAUGAAACGACUCCAAAAAGAGUUUUAUCAGAUUCUUUCGAUGAACCGAGCUUAUCUGGAUCCUGAGUCGGUCCCGGCUCGAUCAUCGCAUGCUUCAACUCGAUCGAGCACAUCCGACUACGAAGACGGUGAUAUUGGACCCGAAGAUGAUAUUAAAAUUGCUGGCGAUUCCAUCGAAGUCGAAGAUGUUUCGAAUAUGGCCAUGGUGGAUUUGAGAUCAAUUGCUGAGUGUAUGAUUUCGUCUGGAUAUGGUAAAGAAUGCGUGGAGAUAUACAAAAUUAGAAGGAAAUCGAUAGUUGAUGAAGGCAUAUACAGACUCGGAGUUGAGAAAUUGAGCUCUUCACACCUACGUAAGAUGGAUUGGGAGGUUUUGGAGCAGAGAAUCAAGAACUGGUUGAAUGCUGUGAGGAUUGCAAUUAAAACUCUCUUCAAUGGAGAGACAAUUCUUUGCGAUCACAUGUACACAGCCAUUGCCAAUCACUGGCCGGAGAUCGAGUCCAUCUUCUCCUUCGAAUCAACCUUCGACAUCCGAUCUCAAGCACUGACAUCACUCGUCAAGCUCUGUGAAUCUGUACGGACAUCGUUAAUCGAGUUCAAAUCUGCGAUUCGGAAGAAUUCUUCAAAAUCACCGGUCGACGGAGCUGGAAUUCAUGCUUUAACGACUGAUGUGAUGCACUACCUCUGUCUUCUCGGCGAUUACAACAAUAUACUGGCGGAUAUUUUAGCCGAUUUACCACUGCCUGCCAAAUAUUCUUCGCCGGAGUCGUACUUGGACACGUCCGAUUCCGAAUAA